AUGUCGCCCGAAACGAAAAAGUCGCGAAGAAAUAGCCCAGCUAGCCGUAGCCAACAGUCCUUCACCUCUGAUUCGUCAGACAGAGGCUGCACGAGCGACCAACAAUGUAAUGACUCGAGGCCGACACGGAAGAGGGCGAGCAAGCCCAAGGUUCGAACAGGCUGUAUUAGUUGCAAAAGAAGACAUGUAAAAUGCGACGAAGGCAAGCCGUCUUGCGCAGAGUGCGAGCGCCUUGGACUUAUGUGCGAGGGUUAUGCUCUUCCUAAAACAAAAACCCUAGCCUCCCGGCCUGAGAGGUUAUUGCUCCCGAAGCCGAAGCUGAGGCCCUUAGCAGGCUCAGGGAGCAAGCCCUCGCCGUCGCCUCAACGAACAGAUCAUCGACCUUCAGUUCCACUGAUGCCUAGUUACGGGUUCGGAUGGAACGAGGACGAUGUGUGGUACUUCACUCUCUUCAAGGACCAGAUAUGUCAUGAGCUGUCGCCUUACUACAUAACCAACUUCUGGACCCAGACGUCUCUCCGAGAUAGCAUGGUUAACCGAUGUAUUCAUCACUCAAUUCUUGGCAUAGGCGCCUACGGUCGUGCGCUUAUGGAGCUUCGCAACGAGCAUUCCGCGCAUGGCAAAGGACCUCAGACGUGGUGGCCGCCCUCAAAACUUAAUCGACAUCACCAGGCCGCGCUUAUGCAUCAUUCUAAAGCACUAUCACACCUUCGAUCAAAUAUCGGGUUAUAUGGCCUCGACGGCCGUCUAACUAUGGCAGCGACUCUCUUAUUCAUAGUAUUCGAGAACAUGCAGGGAAAUUAUCAUAGCUCUGGGAGUCUUAUUCGCAGCGGCAUCAAAGUCUUGACGAAUAUCCGGAGUACGAGUCCUGAUUCGAGAUCGAUAUUACGUCGCCAGUGGGAUCGUUAUCUCACAACUCCGCGAGACGAGGUGGACGAUAUGACUAAUAUGUUUGCACGACAUAGCAUAACGUCCGCGUGUCUCCCGUUUGCGCACGGGAAGUACGCGUAUCAUAUGCUCUUCACCGAGGGCGAGGAAUACGAUAACAGCGACGACCUCGGAUUGUGCAGUCCUUUUACGUUUACCAUCCCGCAGACGCUCGACCAGGCAAGGCAAAUAUGGGACUACCUCAUGAUCAAACUCGCGAAUUUCCAGAGCAAGGUUGCAUGGCAUAAUCUCAACCCCGAUUACGACUUCGACAAGUCGGCCGCGUAUCGGGAACAGGCCAUCUACUUAUCACAACUACACGACCUAGGCAUGGGUCUCGAUUCUCUGCUAUUUAGCCCCAUGGAUAUUCGCGAGAGCAAAGGCCUCGAGCUGCUGAGAUUGCACCAUAAAGUGGCCGUGGUGGCCAUCACGUGCUGUCUCGACCCGACGGAGAUGAUGUACGAUGAGUUCCUGUCCGAGCUCGAAGACGUGGUGCAGCGCUGCAAGCUCUUCAUGGAGUUCCCGACGGACGUGCCCGUGAAGGUCGGAUUCACCAACGAGGCGGGCAGAUUACCUUUACUAGCUCACAUAGGCGCGAAAUGUCGGACCGCUAGGGUCCGGGCGGAGGUCGUGGAGCUGCUCAGGGCUUCGGACUGGCGAGAAGGUCCCUGGGAUAGCUGGAGCUUGGCGAAUGCCGUGAGUGGUAUCAUGAAAAUCGAAGGCCAGCUGGGCAUGGAGAAUGCUGAGAACACAGUCCCGGCGAAGGCGAGGUACAUGUGGACGAACGUAUUCUGGGACUUCGAGAAACAGCAGAUGCAUGUCGAGUAUACCAAGGUGCUGCCUAACGCGCUCGGGGAGUUUGAGAAAGUGCAUUGCGUUAUGGGUGAGCCCUCGGCUGUUUGA